AUGUUCUAUGAAUGUUAUUGGAAGGAUGUUUUCGACACAGUUCCAGAAACGGUGGGCUCUCCGAACAGCGUCACACUGAAGGCCUUCACCAUGCACAUGGAGGAGGUGAUUGAGAGUAAAGUGAUGGAGGAGGACCGUUCUGCUGAAGGUGAGGAUGGUUUGGUGACGGUCUCAGGUCUGUACACACAAAACCCUUUACAGCGCAGCGUCAGUCAGCUCAUCGACAAGAAAGAUGAGGAAUCAUGGGAGCCGCACUUCAGACGCCUCGACAGCGGCCUGUUUGAAGGCGAGGAGUUUGUGGACACCAUCAAAGGCUUCAGCACAGUCAGGAAGGAACACACCAUGUUCACCGACACCAACCUUUGACCUUCAUCAUGACCUUUGACCUUCAUCAUCAGCACUUUCUCCAAACAUCAUCUCAGAACUGAGCGGAAAAUGAACUGAACUGUUUUGGUGAAUUCAGAACUGCUCUGGGACUCUAUGGACUCGUGACUCGUUUUUUUUAUUUGAAGAAAACAGUGUUGUAAUUUUAUGACAAAUGUAAUAUUUAAGCAUUAAGCAGAAGAGGCCAAUGUUCCCUCUAAGCUGUGCUUCUUACGUCGCGACCGCGCAGAAGAAAUAAUAUGCCGUGCACAGGACAGAUGCAAAAAUGAGUUGGGGAAAACCAUUUGAUUUAAUUCUAGGGAAUGUGAAAUAAUUGCAAUGCUCGGCGUAAACUGCUAUAGAUUUGGUGUGGCUAUAGAACCAGUGAAUGCGGUUUACAGGUUUCAUAGAAUGUGCGCCAAAUCAGUCGCUGUAGAGAUCGAAUACUUUAAUGGUUGUGGGCCAAAUAGCUCA